AUGGAAAAGCUGCUCCUGCCUCUUCUGAUGCUUGGCACCAUGGCAAAAGCUCAGCACUGCCCCGGACGCUGCAUCUGCCAGAACAUUUCUCCGACGUUGACCAUGCUGUGCGCCAAGACGGGCCUCCUCUUCGUGCCGCCGUCCAUCGACCGGCGCACUGUGGAGCUGCGCCUGACGGACAACUUCAUCACCGUCAUCCGCCGGAAGGACUUCUCCAACAUGACCAACCUGGUGCACCUCACCCUCUCCCGCAACACCAUCAGCCAGAUCAUGCCCUUCGCCUUCUCUGACCUGCGUGCCUUACGGGCCUUACACAUGAACAGCAACCGCUUGGCCAUCCUGAAGAACGAGCAUUUCCGAGGGCUGGGCAACCUCCGGCACCUCAUCCUUGGAAACAACCAGAUCAACCACAUUGAGCCUUCCUCUUUCGACGAGUUCCUCUCCACUGUGGAAGACCUGGACCUCUCCUACAACAACCUGGAGACCCUGCCGUGGGAGGCCAUUGGCCAGAUGGUAACCCUCAACACCCUCACCCUGGACCACAACCUCAUUGACCACAUUGCCGAGGGCACCUUCUCCCAGCUCCAGAAACUGGUGCGGUUAGACAUGACCUCCAACCGGUUGCAGAAGCUGCCCCCGGACAAUCUCUUCUUGAGGGCUGAAGUGUUGGCCAACGUCCGUGGGACUCACCCUUCCACCUUGACCAUCAGCUUUGGAGGCAACCCAUUGCAUUGCAAUUGUGAGCUUCUCUGGCUCCGGAGACUCACACGAGAGGAUGACCUGGAGACCUGCGCCUCCCCAGAGCACUUGAUGGAUAAGUAUUUCUGGUCCAUCCCCGAAGAAGAGUUCAUCUGUGAACCCCCACUCAUCACCCGCCAGUACUCUAGCAAGGCAUUCAUCAUGGAAGGCCAAGGUGUGAGCCUGAAGUGCAAAGCUGUGGGCGACCCAGAACCUUCCAUCCAUUGGAUCGCACCUGAUGGCAAGUUGAUCCACAACACCACUCGUGCAACCGUCUUUGAGAACGGCACGCUGGAAGUCCUCAUUACCACCUUGAAGGACAACGGCAUCUUCACCUGUAUUGCCUCCAACGCUGCAGGAGAGGCCACUGCUCCGGUGGAAGUGUGCAUCGUACCUCUGCCCUUGCUGGUCAACAACACUGGCCACAUGAAAGGACCCGACCCCGGCUCAUCCGACAUCACCACCUCCGCCAAAUCUGGUGCCAACGACACCAAGAAUCACCUCGACAAGAAGAUUAUAGCGGCUGAUCUGACAGCCACCUCAGUGGUCAUCCACUGGCCCUCUGAACGGCACAUCCCUGGCAUCCGUAUGUACCAGAUCCAAUACAACAGCUCCCUGGAUGACUCUUUGGUUUACAGGUGA